AUUUAUUCACUAUAUAACACAGUUUAUGGAGGAUUUGUCGUCUCACGCAAUCCAACUAAUGGAGCUGGUUAUGCUUUUACUAUCAUCUAUGCGUUAUUUAGUCUUGGUGCUGCCUAUGGUCUUUUCGUCACUUGGCUUGCCGUAAGUGUUAAAACAUUAAUUAUUAUCUCAGCUUAUAUCGUUAAAGAUAUUGCUGAAAUUAUAUUUACCAUUGUGAGCAGACAAAAUUAUAUAAAAGAUUGUUCUACGACCCUGAAGUCUGCCGGCAAUUUUACCGAUUCUGAUGUGAAUGACACUUGUGUUAACUCUUUUAACGUUGCUUUGACAUCUAACAUUAUUUCAACUCUUGUUGAUGCUAUCAUUCUG